CACCAAAGUUCAUCACACAACCAAUACUUCUUAUAAAUCCUUCCUUAAUUAAUUAGUCUUAGCUUGAACAAAAAAUUCUCUAUGGCUAGUGAGAUGUGGGGAGUGAAAUUGGCAGUGCUGGUGCUAGGGCUCCUUGUUUUGGUGCCCGAAUCCACGCAAUUGAACGUCGACCACCCUCUCUUUAGUGUUGUUCAGAAGAUUAACAUUGAAUCCGGCCCAUUUUUAGGGCUGGUCAUCUCUAGUGGAAGAGAUGAGAAAUUCCUCAAAAACUCAACUUACUUCACCCCUCACAAAUCUAUCCCGUCCUUAACUAUUUCCGGAAGAAAAUUCAACAUCGGGAAGUUCAAUGACGUACCAGCAAUCUAUGUUUUAGCUGGGGAGCCAUUGGCCAAUGUAGGAGUGACCGUGCAAAUUCUUAUAGAUACAUUCCGUAUCUCGGGGAUCAUCAACUAUGGAUCUUCUGCAACUGUAAGCAACAAGGUGUUCAUUACUGAUGUUCUUGUGCCCUCACAAGUCGCCUACACCGGUUCCUGGACGUGGGAGAAGCACAACUCAGUAUUGGUCGCCCCAAGUUUGGAUUUUGGAAGAUACAAUUUGCCGGAAGCGGGAGAUAAUGCAUUGGGUAGUGUUCAUUACCAAUCAGUGCCAAUCUACACAUCAACAAGCUCAAAGCAGAAGAAAGCCUUGUUUAUUAACGUCCACUCUGACUGGGUUAAGCUUGCAUCUGAAAUCAAUUACGGUGAGCGUCCUACGGUCCACAUCGGUCCCGACGUUAAAAUUGGUUCUGCUGAUGUUUACUUGUUGAACGAGGCUUAUGCUAAAGCCCUCAACCAAAUUCUUGGUGUCUCCGCCGUGGAAACCGAAAGUGCCGCCGUUGUCACGACUGCUAUCGCAAACGGAGUUCCACACAUAGUGUUCCGUGGUGCAUCAAACAGGCCUGGAAGUCCAUCAGAAACUAGGUUGUCCGAGGUCACUGCCAAAAAUGUUCUCAAGACGGUUGCCAAAUUCGUUGACGCCGCGUAUCCAGUUGCCAUCAAGAACUACGCCAUGCCCUACUAAGUUUCAUGCUUCUGCAGUUUCCUUGUUGUUUGUUUCUUUCUUAUUUAUUUUCUUCUGGUUUAAUUUGAGUAGAAUGAAGUUAUUUUAUCUACUCAGUUACGCUUGUUAAUUACUAAAAUAAACAGGGGCCAAAAGGGGGGAAGAGAAUGAUUAUUAUGUAGUUUGAGCUUUGGGCUAAUGUAACACUUGUAUUGAGCUUUUGCUUUGGAUUAAAUUAAUCAAGAGCUUCCAUUUUGGUCUCAAAUUAAAGGAGCGAAGUGCUACUACAUAAUACCUCCGUUACA